AUGACACCUUAUCCUCAAGGGGAUCCGGAUAUUUGUAAUAAUAACACAUUGUCAACAAGUUCAAAUGAUUACAUAAUACAUACAUCAUCUAUUCGACUACCAUUCAUCGCUGCUGGUUUAGUUAAUGCUGCAGUAGCAAAUCUAUUAAAUGAAUUAUCAUGUCGUUUCUUUGAAAUGGCUAUCAUUACACCAAAAAUUAAUGAUGAGACGAAAAAAUUGACAGAAUAUGAAAAACUUGAAAAUAAUUCAAUUCCUUUAAAAACAAUGAACAGUAGUAAUGAUGUAUCUAUAUUUUCAUCACAAACACAAAUCACUACUGAUAAUAUGGAAUUAGAAAAGGCUACAGAGAAAAAGAUGACAAUGGAUAUCAAUCAAGUUAUUCCCUCUGAUGAACAUAUGUUAACUUCACAAUCAAUUCAUGAAAAUAUAUUUACUACAUCGAUUACUUCAUCUAUUUCAACAAAUAGAUUACUUGAUAACUCUUUAACAUCUUCAAAUUUUCAUACAGAACCAAUAAAAAUUAAAGAAGAAUCACAGGUAGAUUUUCCUGAUAAUGAUGAUGAUGAUAAUAAUAAUAAUAUAAUCGAUAAUAGUAAUAAUUAUAUUACUACUACACAACAUACUAAUAAUUUUUUAAAUAAUCAAAUAAGUGAACAAUAUCAUGAACAGAAUGAAAAUCAUCUAUCUGGAAAUGAAUUACAAUCUAAUUUAACACGUCUUACUACAAUUGAUUAUUUAAAACGUCAUCCAUGUACAUAUCGUGGUUGUAAUAAAGUAUUCUUUAGUCGUACAAGUCUUAUUUAUCAUAAACAAAGUCAUUCAAUUGAUAAACCAUAUAUAUGUAAAUAUACAGAUUGUGGAAUAACAUUUUCUAAUGAAACAUUAUUAAAAACACAUAAUCAAUUACAUGAAUCAAAACAAUUACGUGAAAGAUUCUCAUGUAGUUUAUCAGAAUGUAAUAAAGUAUUUGUUACACGUGAAAGUCUUAUAGAACAUAUACGUAUACAUACUGGUGAAAAACCAUUUAUAUGUGAUUAUCCUGGUUGUACACAUAGAUUUGCUAGAAGAUGUAAUUUAUUCGCUCAUAAACGUGUACAUUUAGAUAAAAAUCAACGUCGUCAAUAUCAUUGUAUUCAUCCAGGAUGUUGUAAAACAUUUUUAUAUUCACGUAGUUUAACUGAACAUAUGAAUGUUCAUUUAGGUGAACGUCCAUAUGUUUGUGAUUAUUCAGGAUGUGAAAAAAGUUUUACAAGAGGUGGAAGUGGAGGAGGAUCAGGAGUUGAUAAAUCAACUAAUUCAAUGUGUUCUCAAUCAUCAAUAAGUCGACAAUAUGAUUCUGUUACAGUAACUAUACCAGUUCUUCAACCAAUGCAUUAUCCAUUUAAUCAAUCGAUUAUACCCAAUAAACAGCAGCAACAACAACAUCAACAAACACAAUUACAACAACAUCCUGUCCUGUCUAAUACUAAUAUGAAUAUGACUAAUCAUUUACCAGCACAUCUAUUCUAUCCUAAUCAGCAUAACUAA